ACGUAUGUGAAUGAAAUGCGCGCAGCGCUCACCUAAUGUAUCUUGUAUUGACCGAGAGAGGGCUCACUCAUCUUUAAAAUUUAAAUACCCACGCCAAGGUCGAUCUUGUUGCUACCGGUUGCUACCGACGCUAUGAAUAAUAUGACUCACACAUCUAGGUCAUUGGGGAAACCCCAGAGAGGUAGCCAACCUCAUCUUGCAAUGAAAAUCAAAUAUAUGAUACACAUACUUUCUUACAAAACAAUGGUGACAUUCAAAACAAGAAAUCAAAACACCGGCAAUCAAUUUUGAAUUCGCCGGCGGCAAAAGGGGUGUGUCGGUCCCAUAUACACGUAGAUAUCACAGUAAAUAUUUUCAGUAUUUUUGAGGUUUCUUAAAAAAAUAUAUCUACCUAUCCACAAUUUUGCUUGCCUUUGUGUUGCUUUUAUAUCAAAAUUGACUAGUAUUGUUUAAACUUUCUUUCAUUUCUAGCCAUCCUACCUUUUUUUGGGCAAUCAUCUUGUGUUGUUGGUUUUGACCUUGUGUGGGGGUUUUAUACGUUCAUACUGUACUGUACACACAUCUAUAUGCAUGGAACAGCAUAUUAAUUGUUUGUCAUUGUUGUGUAGAUUUUGUGGAAGGAGGGUUGAGACUGAAUUGGGAAAGAAGGGGCAUGCAUAUAUGGUUUCAGACUACCAUCAAUUAAUUCUACAGAAAUUUAACAUUGACAUUUCUGAGGACACAUCAGAUAUACACCCCAAUAAAUUUUGUUGCACAUGCUAUUGCCAACUCACAAUCAAGAAACCAUCUAAUUUGACACCGAAAAACUGGGACUCGCACAAGAGAACAUCAGACUGUCAAACAUGUACACACUUUAAGCAAACACAAGCACCAGGCAGACCAAAGAAAAGAAAAGUUGGUGGCCGCCCCCCUGCAACAACAACACCUCAGUCUCACUUUUCUAAAUUGGGAGUAUCAGCCACAAAAGGCAAUCAGAAAUACAAUAUCGAUCAGGACACAUUUCACAUUGACGAUUCACUACAGUUCCUUUUGUGUAGUGUUUGUAGGUCUGUUGUGUCGUGUCCUGUAGAGUCACCUUGUAACCACCUGUUUUGUCUAGACUGUAUAUCGUCUCUCUUUGCCAAAGUGUCCGUUAGCUGUCCUCUUUGCGACCUUCAGUUUCAUUAUUCUCAAACACACACACCAGCCACAUACAUCAUCACAUUACUACACAAUCUUCAUGUUCAGUGUUCACUUUGUAAAACAUCCAUGCACUACACCAAAACAUCAGGCCAUUCAUGUCAAACCUCAAAUUGUGACCAUACAUACGCUAAAUCUAACUUUGUGGACCUCAACACCCAACAACGCCAGCAGAUAGCCUCUGACUACCUUAAAAGUCAGAUGGCCAAGUCCCAUGACGGUUUGUCAGCCAGCAUAGGAUUAGCAGGUCGUGGAAAGGUAAAUGCAACAGUCUUGUUUACUUUUAUAUCUUUUAUUAUAUUAUACAUGUAUAUAUAAUUUCAGUUUCAUACAUUUAAAUUUCAUACUGUAAAGAAUUAGCCAUUUAUUUUUUUAGUUCACAGUAUAACAAACGAAUAAAAUAAUCACGAUGGUGCAUAUAUCAUGUACGUAUAUAAACAAAACCUUUUACCCCCACCCCCCCCCCCCCCAAAAAAAAAAAAAAAA